AUGGCAGAUAAGUGCACUGGCUGUGACUGCUCUGAUAAGAGCCAAUGCGUGAAGAAGGGGUACGCUGCUGACCUCAUCGAGACCGAGCCGAGCCUUUUCUUUUCGGAGAAUGUUGAUAUGGGUGUGCUGGCAGCCGGAGAAAACGACGGCAAGUGCAAGUGCGGCAGCAGCUGCACUUGCACCAACUGCACCUGUGGCGGUCACUGA